UAGAAAAGUUCUUCUGUGCGCGCCGGCGGCGGCGGCGGUCGCAGCCACUUCGAGCCGCAGCGGGACCUCCGGCCACGCUGACGCAUCGCAUCGCGGCCUCGGGGCCGGGAGCGGCCGGAGCAGCUUGUACAUUGACCCCGGCCCGGCUCCCGCUCCGGGCUCAGCCGGCGGGCGGGCGAGCGCGGCGCGGCCCGGGCCGGGGGGAUGUCUCGGCGGACGCGCGGUGAGGAGCUGGAUGAGCUGCACUACCAGGACACAGAUUCAGAUGUGCCAGAGCAGCGAGACAGCAAAUGCAAGGUCAAAUGGACUCAGGAGGAGGACGAGCAGCUGAGGGCCCUGGUGAAGCAGUUUGGGCAGCAAGACUGGAAGUUCCUGGCCAGCCACUUUCCCAACCGCACUGACCAGCAGUGCCAGUACCGGUGGCUGAGGGUCUUGAAUCCAGACCUCGUUAAGGGGCCAUGGACCAAAGAGGAGGACCAGAAGGUCAUCGAGCUGGUUAAGAAGUACGGCACGAAGCAAUGGACACUGAUCGCCAAGCACCUAAAGGGCCGGCUGGGGAAGCAGUGCCGCGAGCGCUGGCACAACCACCUCAACCCCGAGGUGAAAAAGUCCUGCUGGACCGAGGAGGAGGACCGCAUCAUCUGUGAGGCCCACAAGGUGCUGGGCAACCGCUGGGCUGAGAUUGCCAAGAUGCUUCCAGGGAGGACAGACAAUGCUGUGAAGAAUCACUGGAACUCCACCAUCAAGAGGAAAGUGGACACGGGAGGCUUCCUGAGUGAGUCCAGAGACUGCAAACCCCCCAUGUACUUGCUGCUGGAGCUGGAGGACAAGGACCGCCAGAGUGCGCCCCCCUCGGAAGGCCAGGGGAGUCUCGUGACCAGCUGGCCCCCAGCAUUCCCUGCCCUGAAGGAGGAGGAGAGCAGUGAGGAGGAGGCCACAGCAGCCGCCCCCUCCCAGGAGCAGGAGCCUGUCCCCGCAGAGCCGGACGGGGUGUGGACACCAGAGCCCCUGGAGGACUUCCCCAAGCGUGAGGACCAGGAGGGCUCCCCGCCGGAAACCAGCCUACCCUACAAGUGGGUGGUGGAGGCCGCAAACCUCCUCAUCCCUGCUGCGGGGUCCAGCCUCUCCGAAGCCCUGGACUUGAUCGAGUCGGACCCUGACGCCUGGUGUGACCUGAGUAAAUUUGACCUCCCCGAGGAGCCGUCUGCAGAGGGCAGCGUGGACAGCAGCCCAGGGCAGCCACAACCAUUGCAGCAGGAGCAGCAGGCCCCAGCGCCCCGCCAGGCUGCCGCCGCCGCCACCACCAUGGUGCCCAGUGUGACCGAGUACCGCCUGGAUGGCCACACCAUCUCGGACCUGAGCCGGAGCAGCCGGGGCGAGCUGAUCCCCAUCUCCCCCAGCACUGACGUGGGGGGCUCAGGCCUUGGCACUCCGCCCUCAGUGCUCAAGCGGCAGAAGAAGAGGCGUGUCGCCCUGUCCCCCGUCACGGAGAACAGCGCCAGCCUGUCCUUCCUGGACUCCUGCAACAGCCUCACCCCGAAGAGCACACCCGUCAAGACCCUGCCCUUCUCGCCCUCCCAGUUUCUGAACUUCUGGAACAAACAGGACACACUGGAGCUGGAAAGCCCAUCGCUGACGUCCACCCCCGUGUGCAGCCAGAAAGUGGUAGUCACUACACCGCUGCACCGGGACAAGACACCCCUGCACCAGAAACACGCCGCGUUUGUAACCCCAGAUCAGAAGUACUCCGUAGACAACACUCCCCACACGCCGACGCCAUUCAAGAACGCCCUGGAGAAGUACGGACCACUGAAGCCCCUGCCCCAGACCCCACACCUGGAGGAGGACUUGAAGGAGGUGCUGCGCUCCGAGGCCGGCAUUGAGCUCACCAUCGAGGAUGAAGCCAGGCCCGAGAAGCAGAAGAGGAAGUCUGGGCUGCGGCGGAGCCCCAUCAAGAAAGUCCGCAAGUCCCUGGCUCUGGACAUCGUGGAUGAGGACGUGAAGCUGAUGAUGUCCACACUGCCAAAGCCUCUGUCCUUGCCAACCAACAUCCCACCAAGCUCCUCUGGCUUCACCCCAGACAGCAGCCUGCUCAACGAGGGCUUCCUGCAAGCCAAGCCUGAGAAGCCGGCAGCGCAGAAGUCCCGCGGCCACUUUCCAGCUCCUGCCCCUAUGACCAGCGCCUGGAAGACGGUGGCCUGUGGGGGGACCAGGGACCAGCUCUUCAUGCAGGAGAAAGCCCGGCAGCUCCUGGGUCGUGUGAAGCCCAGCCACACCUCUCGGACCCUCAUCUUGUCCUAGGGACUUGGCCGUCACAAGCCUGUUCUCAUGUUUACAGGGGGCUGGGGGGCCAAGGUAGGGCCGUGAAUUUGAGACUCACUCAGAUGACCGCCUGCAGGGAGCCUUCUGCCGCCAGCCCCUCCCCAGACUGCUCAGGUGGAGACAGAGCAGGGCCGCCCCCUGUCCUGUCUCCGAGUCCGGCUGCAGCUGCGGGCGGUUCCUGGUGCUAACAGAACAAAGCCCCACCUCUGAGCUGGCCUGUCCUCCCCACCAGUGCACAGGGAGCCUCGUUAGCUUCACUCCAGCCCUGGUCAGGCCUGACCUCAUCUCAGACCUCUGCUUAGGACAGGGGACGUGGCCAGCAUUUCCUUCAACCUGUUGGUACAUUUAUUUUCUUGAAAGAAUAAAAUUGCCUUUCUCUUGUG